AUGAAUCGUGAAGUAUGUAAAAUAGUCCAAUCUAUAUGUGGUCAAGACAAAAUUGUAGCUCGUGGAUAUUUACUUAUAAAAGAAAAGAAUAUCGAUAAAACUUACUAUUGGUGCUGUGAACAUAAAGUUUUACGAAAUUGCAAAGGAAGAGCAAUAACUGUUUUGGAAGGACAAGACCAUAUUUUGAAAAAGUUUAAGGAGCAUAACCAUGCAUCUGAGGCCAGUCGUACAGAG